GUCACCAUUUUGAGACAUGGAAGGAUGGAGGAACAACUACUAAUCACAUUGAUCUCUCUGUUUUUCUUUCCGGUCGUCAGUGUCCUGCUCUUGGUCAUCAUCCUAGCAUCACUAGGCAAAUCUCUUGGAAUAAGGAAGCGAUAUGUGCAGUUCUUACUCCGUGUUUUUGAGUUUGGGCGGGUGAAGAUAGCUCACUACCAGUCCACACAAGCAGAGGAUGAGGAGGAGAAGUCGGAUGAUGAAGUCAUUGUGGAUGAUUCAAAUAUCAAUGAAAAUGGACAGACCAACUUAAUUAAAAGGGACAUUACUUUAUCAGCAACACAAGGAUUUAUUAUUCCUGACAGUUACAUCCCUAGUGUGGAUACAAUCAAGAAAGAGUUCCAUCUUGCAGAUACAAUGUACUUCGCAAAAUGUGGAAUGGAGGCUAUUAUCGAAGAUGAUGUAACAAAGCGUUUUUCAGCAGAAGAAUUGUCAUCAUGGAACUUGUUAUCGAGAUCAAAUAUAUCUGGCUACCAUUUCAUAAGCUUUCGACUGACCUUUUUGUGGUGUGUUGGAUUUUUAGUUCGCUAUUUUGUUCUGUUUCCUUUCAGAUUGACCAUAGCAGUGCUCGGCGUAGGAUGGCUCAUCAUAUGUACAGCAUUUAUUGGCUAUCUCCCCGAAGGAAGAUCAAAGAGGGCAUUGAAUGAAUAUGUCAUGCUGAUGUGCUUCCGGAUUUUAGCCCGAGCUUGUUCAGCCAUCAUUACAUUUCACGAUGAAAACAAUCGCUCCAGGAAUGGUAUCUGUGUUGCUAAUCACACUUCCCCCAUCGAUGUCAUCAUUAUGUCGGUGGAUAAUUGCUAUGCUAUGAUUGGCCAGUCACAAGGAGGCUUGCUGGGGAUCCUACAGCGAGCAAUGGCCAGAGCCACUGCACAUAUCUGGUUUGAGAGGUCUGAGGCUAAAGACAGAAAUUUAGUUGUUAAUAGGUUACGAGAACACGUACAGGAUAAAGAUAAACUCCCUAUCUUAAUAUUUCCAGAAGGUACUUGCAUUAACAACACUUCUGUUAUGAUGUUUAAAAAGGGAAGCUUUGAAGUUGGAACAACAAUUUACCCAGUAGCUAUAAAAUAUGAUGCCAGGUUCGGGGAUGCUUUCUGGAACAGCAGCAAGCAAGGGAUGGUGGCCCACCUGAUUAGUAUCAUGACCAGCUGGGCACUGGUGUGUGAUGUCUGGUAUCUACCACCCAUGUCUAGAAAAGAAAAUGAGCUUGCAGUUGAUUUUGCAAACAGGGUUAAAUCAGAAAUAGCUAGCAAAGGAGGAUUAGUAGAUUUAGAAUGGGAUGGUCAGUUAAAGAGGAUGAGGGCCAAAGCAUCGUGGAGGGAAAAACAACAGGAAAACUACAGUAAGCUGCUGAAAGUGGAGUGAAGACAAGGCUAUAGUCAACAUUAACGUAUAGAUGUGUGUGUGUGCAUGUAUUACAACAAGUUGAAUUAAUGGGAGGUUGCACAAGCUGCAGUCUAUGUAAAAGGUUUCCUGUCUAAAUGUCUCCUGAAUAUGACAGUGUCACAUAAAUAUGUUAUAAAUCGAAAGGAUUAUCAAUCAGAGGAAUGAGUUGCAACAGUGUUCAAAUGAGAUCCUAGACUGAAAUGUUAUGUCCAACUUAGCUGUUAACGUAAGUGUAUGUGUUUGGUGACAAGAAGAUAAAAUUCAGUUGGGAAGAUCAGGGUAAUGCUUUAUCAGCGGAAGGGUCCACAGUUCAGUAUACCCACUUGUGUGAGAAACACUUGAGUAUAACAAUAUAAUAUAUUGAUACCAAAUAAAUAUCAGUAACAUUUGUACAAUGUAUUAGUUAUAAAAAAUAUUUUGACUGCUAAACUGAGCAUGAUAAUGUCUUGUAUACCAGCAAACAGUCCACUCCAGGACAUGGAUCUGUCAACCCAUAUGUUCAUAGGAAAGCCUGGUAUAUUUUGGUUCUGUACAAAGAUUUGUGCUGUACUGCCUCACAUUCCAGAAUUUAUGUUCAGCAACACAUUGUUUUUUUCUGUUAUCUGAUGCUCUUGAGCUGAAGGGUCAUUUGUAUGUAUACAUUGUCAUUUAUUUAUAAAUGUUGAUCAGUGAUUGGAGCAGUAGUAACUCCACAAAAAUUGUUUUCAUUUCCUGACAUCAGUAUUCUGCUACAGUGAAAUGUGCAAAUACUCCAGAAAGCAGUCUAUAUGCAAAUAGAAAAUGAUAUUAGUGUCUCUUGUUUUAGACUUCCAUGUUGCUCUGUGUCUGUGUUCGAUAUACUGAUGGUGUCCUCAUGGACAUUUUCUAAAUUAACCCCAUACAUGUUUGUUUUGACCUCAGCAUUACUGGUCUGUCAUUUAUGAUGGAAUUAAAUGGUUAUAGAAAUCCCUACAGAGUCUUGUUUCAGCUGUGAAAACUACCUCCCACACUACAGUCCCAAGUACAGAACAACAGGAGUUACUGUCAAGUGUCUUGAGAUUUUUUUAGGGAGGGGGGUGGAGAUUUAGUUGUUAUAGGCACUAAGACAUCUUUUGAAACACCAAACAUUUACUUUCCAAAUGAAAAAAAAAAUUCACUUUUUUUCAGCGAUACUGUUGUAGCAUAUCUCUUAUGUUCUUAUCUGGACAUAUUUAGGGUAUAUAUUUUCAGUAGUAUUGUAAUACUAGGAGAUAGGAAAUGUAAAUAAGAAUAUAUGUACAAUAUUUGUUGGUACCAGGAUUAGUAAUUUUUCAAUUGCACUGUUUGAUGUGUGUUAGGAUGAAUAUGACAUUGUUCUAUGUACAAUAACCUGUCACUAAAAGUUCAAAUCAGAAGCAGGUAGACAGCACGAAGGUGAAUAUGGUCAGUACUGGCUAUGCAUGUUGUCAGGUGAACCUUCUUUUUUGUGUAAGAGCCCUUAAAAACUUGGGAUACACCUGCAGGCUAGGUCAGUGUUCAGCUGGGAAGAUUGGAUCUGUGUGUUGCAGGUAUUGUGUUAGUCCUAUUUAUUAACCACAGGUCAUCGUAAUCAAAUCCUUUGGUUGUAUGAGACCACCCCCUUUUGAAGGAAUUUAUUACAUACUGAUUUGCACUUGUGUUUUCACUAAGUUGAUAAUAUGUGAACUGUGAGCUGAAAUCAUAUCAAGUCAAACGCUGUGAUAUUUAUUGUCAUUGUCUGCAGCCGUGUUGCAUGAACGUGAACAGUAUAGCAUACACAUUGUUUACUGAUGUGACAGUGAGAUGUACCCAGCAUGUAAUCUUACUGUGUCAUGUUUAAUGCCUGCAACUGUCAAUUGAAUAUUAUGAUAAUAUUGAUAACAUGCUCAGCAAUAAGAUAGAAGUAUGUGACAACAUCGCUUUGGUCAACCGAUGUUAAUGGAGGGGAAUAUAUCUUGACUCCUGAUCAAACUUUCAACAGGAAUGAUUAUUUUUGGAGAAAUAACCUCUUUCUCUUUUUUAGUGUUGAAUAAUCAUUGUAGGGCUGUUUCCAGUUGAGUUUCCGGCUCUGCAGUCUUUAGAGAAGUGACAACAGUCUCUGCAAAAUACUUCUUAAUCAUGGGCUUUGUGAAAACAAGGGCAUUCUUCUCUGUAAUAUUCAUCUGAUUAUUUAGUAAUUUAUAAAUAUUGUGAACAGUGACAUCAUAGUGUUUGUGAACUAAAACGAAACAAGAUACCUUUGAGAAUAUCCUUUAUCAUGGUGUCAGAUUGUCAACAGAAUACCAUCCUUUGUCUCAAGGUGAUCUAUUAUAUGUUAAAGUACAAGAGUUUUACCUUUAUCGGACUAGUUUUACAAGAAAGCAAAGAAUAAUAAGAAUUUUAUUACAAUAUUUUUAUGAUUUACGUAAAAAUGUUGACAGCAUAUCAUUCUUUGGAAAUAGUUUUGGCCAAUUCUAAAAAUGUCUCUUGUCAUGUCCAGAGCAGCAUGCCUCAGUCAUUACCACUGUUCACCAGGAAACCGUGGUUACCAUAUAAAAGUUAUUCAUGAACUUGAAAGCCACAUUAUCAGUUUCAUUCUAAGCCCACCUGGACCAAAGUUGAAAUUGUGCAUGAACAACUCCACCAAUGUAUGGUUAGUGAGUAAAAUAUGUAAUAGGUGUUACAGUAUGGUUAUUCAUUAUCACAAUGUCUGGUUGAUGGUAAUGUCUAUUUCACAAUCAAAAUAAAAGAACUUAUUCUUGAGGUCGGAUCCUUAAUUGCUCAGAUUUUGUGUGAAAAAAACAUGCUACAGCAAUAAUGCAAUGCAUGGCUUGCUAUUUCACUUUUCCACCCAAAGACAUUAAAGAUUUUGAAAUUUCAUUCAUAAUGAUCAUUUUAAGUAAUAAUGCUUGUACUCGAAUAUCCAGGUGAAAGACUAACCCUUCUGUUGCUAUCUUUCUUUCACUUUGGACAGAUCAGUGAUCCAAACCCUGUUUGGGUCUCUAGUAGUGAUGUGUCUGGUCAGUGUGAAUCACCUUAUUAUGGUGGGACUAUUUAUGCUCUUUUUCUCGAGGGUAAAGUCAGGUUUUCUUUUAUUUUCAGCUCUUGACUUUUGUCACUUGCUACUUGCCAUCUGUGAUUUAACAAUCAUAGUUAAUGUCCAGAAAUAAAUCUUCUCUGAUGGAUAGUUUACGCUCUGUCUAUAUGCAAAGGCAUACUACAACAAACAUUUGUGAACACCAUCUCAUGUGUUGAACUCUAGUCAACAGUGAAUUUGCUGAUGGUUGUAGCAUUCCUGCAAACUACUUUUACCUUUUGUCAGUGACUUUGACAGAUUGAUCACUCCAUUGAGAUCCACUAUUUACCAGUAGAACUGCAUCUCAAAACACCAGCAAUGUGAUGUUUUAUGUGUAGUUGUUAUAUUUACUUUACUGACUUGUUCCCAUCUACUUUAAAGUUAGUUUGUUUUCCAAUAACUGGUGACACUUUGAAAACAACCUUUAAGCAGUGAUAUCCUAAAGAUUAGUUUGAUCAUUUGGUGCCUAUAUUGAAUGUGUAAUAAUUUGUACUAAGGUUACUUAUAGGUUAUAGGAAUUUGUAAGUGGAGUGAUAGCUUUUUAACAGAUGUUGCAGGAAUAUGAUGUCAUAUUUGCUGAUCAUGAGCAUUUUAUGCGUGAGUGACUUGUCUUGUUGAUUUAUACAUGGAUUCUUAGCUCAUGACUUGUUACUGGCAAGUCAGGGUCAACACUUGCCAACAAAUUGUUCCUGUUUAUUUGUAAAAUAGUGUCCACAAUAAAAAUAUGUUUAAUAGAA